UUUUAUUCGUGAGGUUUUUUUUGUUUUUUUAUUUUCUCAGUGUGACGAACAGGGAGAGGGAUGGAGGCUUAAGGGGUUGUGGCAUUGUUGUUUUCAAGCGGGAGUUUAUUUGUUUAUUGUCGACUUUAAAAAUAGGCCGCAUAGUAGCAAGCUAGCUAACAAAAGCUGAAAUUAAUGGAGGCAAGUUAGCUAGCCAGCUAACCUCAAGGAGCUAGCUAGCUUCUACGUUAACUAACUAGCUCAGAUUUCACUCCUCUGUUGUUGCUAGAUAAUUAACUCGCUAGAUAACAUCAAUAGCAGUCUAUCAAGCUUGCCACCAGACAUUUAGCUGAAAGAAAGGGUAGGCGAGUGUUUUAUUGUAACGUUAGGUGACGGUCGGCGGCUAUACCGUUGGCUGGCAAGCUGUCUAGUGUGUGUGUGCCCUGGCCUGGGAUAGGACUUACUAUAACUUGACAGAACUCAAUGUUCCACUUCAGAAUGAAAUAAUGGAAGAUUCCCAUUUCAACUCAUCAUACUUUUGGUCUCCCGUCCCUACAGUACAAGGACAGAUUGAAAACGCCAUGUUCCUGAACAAGAUGAAGGAGCAGUUGAGUCCAGACAAUAAGGGUUCUCCAUCGUUCCCUCACUCCUCGCACUAUCCCACCGCCGUGCUCACCAUGGACGCUGGAGGCCGGGUGGUGCCCAAACAGGAAGGUGGAGGCGUCCAAUUGAACGCCAUAGGUGGGCACCUGCACCAGCCGCACACCUCACAGAAUAUCACGGUGGUGCCCGUCCAGUCCGCGGGCAUCAUGACGGCAGCGGGGCUAGUGAUAACCACUCCCCAAGGCACCCUGGUCUCUCAACCCACCUCCACACAAUCUUUUGUGUCCGGACCCCCUGCCACCACCAUGAUAGUGUCCUCACUGCACCCCACAAACACAGAGAGCAGCCAGCACUCCUCUCUCUACUUCUACAGCCACAGCAAGAAAGAGGAUUUGGUCAUCCCUCCUGCUGUCAUGCCAACGCCCGGGAAGCGGGGCAGGAAGAAGAAGUCAAUGAUGCCGAGGGCGGGCGCCACCCUCCCCCCAGGAAGUGAUGCGUUGAUUCUGGCACACCUGGCUGCUGGGGGACAGCACCACACUGCCGACCAUUAUGACUUAUCAAAUGAUGAGGAUGACCAUGGGAACAAAGAUGGGACCAAAUCAUACAGGUGCCGGAUGUGUGCGGUGACGUUCUUCAGCAAGUCGGACAUGCAGAUCCACGCCAAGUCUCACACGGAGGCCAAACCGCACAAGUGCCCCCACUGCUCCAAGUCGUUCGCCAACUCCAGCUACCUGUCCCAGCACAUCCGCAUCCACAGCGGGGCCAAGCCCUACACCUGCUCCUACUGCCAGAAAACAUUCAGGCAGCUCAGUCACUUACAGCAGCACACACGAAACCACACUGAGGGCAAACCGCACAAGUGUCCCCACUGCUCCAAAUCGUUCUCCAACUCCAGCUACCUUGCCCAGCACAUCCGCAUCCACAGCGGGUCCAAGCCCUACACCUGCUCCUUCUGCCAGAAAACAUUCAGGCAGCUCAGUCACUUACAGCAGCACCACAGGAUCCACACGGGGGAUCGACCUUACAAGUGUAUCCAUCCUGGCUGUGAGAAAGCAUUCACUCAGCUGUCCAACUUACAGUCUCACCGCCGGCAGCACAACAAAGACAAGCCGUAUAAAUGUCACAACUGUAACCGCGGUUACACAGAUGCGGCCAGUCUGGAGGUGCACCUGACCACUCACACUGUCAAACACGCCAAGCUUUACUCCUGUGGCCUGUGCAACCGCGCCUACACCUCGGAGACCUACCUGAUGAAACACAUGCGGAAGCACAACCCUGACCCCCUCACGGUGGCGGCAGCCAUCGCCGCCCAGCAGGCUCAGGGCCACACCCCCGGAGGAGGGGGCAGGGGGAGGGGCCGUGGGAGAGGAGGAGGUGGGGCAAAUUCAGUGGGUGGUCCUGGAGGGGCGGGCCAGAACCCGGGGCAGAACCAGUCCCAGAACCCCAACAACCCCCAGCAGGGCAGCUACCCACAGACGGAGGGCGUGCCAUGCUCCUUCGACCUGCACCAGUACAAGACGGUGUCGGCCGGUGAGAUCCAGUACAAGCCAGUCAGCGUGGCUGAUCUAUCGGCCCAUAAGGACCUCUGCUUGACCGUGUCCACCUCAGCCAUCCAGGUGGAGCACAUGAACUCAUAGAGCAGGAGGAUGGACAGAGCAGAAGAUGGACAGAAUGGGGAGGGAGGGAGUUGGAGGCUGGUGUCACUUUAAAUGGGAGGAUAGGCUCAUUGUAAUGGCUGCAAUGGAAUAAACGGAACUGUGUCAAACACAAUCAAUGUGUUUGAUUCCAGCUAUUUCAAUGAGGCCGUUCUCCGAUUUCUCCUCCCACCAGCCUACACUGACAGGGAGAAAGGACUAAGUAAAAGCGACACUGCCUUGUGGUUGGCGAAGGAAUGAAUGGAAGAAUGAGGUUUGGCGAUGCAAGACCCAAUCAGAGAAGGAAAGGAGGGCGUGAAGAGGAAACCUGAGAUGAAGAGGUAGUAUGGGAUAUGUAGUCCAGUAUUGAAUGAAGAGAUGAUCUAUGAAUGGUUCAAAGAAGGCACUUAAAAGAGAUGAGGGGGGGGGGGGCUGAUAUAAAGAAGGCACUUGAUCAAUCUUGUAUUUUUACCCUCAUGGUUUCUCAUUGUUUCAUUUAUUAGUUGUAUGUAUAUUAUCAUAUGUAUGUAUUUUUCUACCAACAUUGGAAUGUGUUAACGAACGACGUGGGAAAGUAAAAAGAUUGUGCAAGGAAAGUGAGUGAGAAGAAACAUCAAGAAACAGAGCAGAUUUUCUAUUUAAGAAUGAUCAUUUUCUAUAUUCCCAACUCAUUCUUGCAAAGCAAGGGGUAUGGGGGAGAAAGGCGGAUUGUGUUGAAACAAUGAGGUACUUUUAACAGUUUAUUUUUUAUUUUUUAACCUUUCAUACAGAGUAUUAGUACCUUCGUUAUUCUUAUUGUACGCAACUAUCAAUGUUAUCCUCAUUAUUAUCCAUUGGAAGAUACUGUAAUCUAUGUAGAUAUGCAGUACCACUCAAAAGUUUGGACACGCCUACUCAUUCCAGGGGUUUUCUUUAUUUUUACUAUUUUCUAUAUUGUAGAAUAAUAGUGAAGACAUCAAAACUAUGAAAUAACACAUAUGGAAUCAUGUAGUAACCUAAAAAGUGGUAAACAAAUGAAAAUAUAUUUAAUAUUUUAGAUUCUUCAAAGUAGCCACCCUUUGCCUUGAUGACAGAUUUGCACACUCUUGGCAUUCUCUCAACCAGCUUCAUGAGGUAGUCACCUGAAAUGCAUUUCAAUUAACAGGUGUGCCUUGAUAAAAGUUCAUUUGUGGAAUUUAUUUUUUCCUUCAUGUGAUUGAGCCAAUCAAGGUAUGGGUGGAAUACAGAAUGGUGGUCCUAUUUGAAUGGUGGUCCUAUAUACAGAUGGUGCUAUUUGAUAAAAGACCAAGUCCAUAAUAUGGCAAGAACAGCUCAAAUAAGCAAAGAGAAAUGACAGUCCAUCAUUACUUUAUUAAGACAUGAAGGUCAGUCAAGUGCAGUCGCCAAAAACCAUCAAGCGCUAUGAUAAAACUGGCUCUCAUGAGGACCGCCACAGGAAAGGAAGACCCAGAGUUAUCUCUACUGCAGAGGAUAAGUUCAUUAGUUACUAGCCUCAGAAAUUGCAGCCCAAAUAAAUGCUUCACCGAGUUUAAGUAACAGUCAAAUUGCUGCGAAGAAACCACUACUAAAGGACACCAAUAAGAAGAAGAGACUUGUUUGGGCCAAGAAACACAAGCAAUGGACAUUAGACCGGUGGAAAUGUGCCCAUUGGUCUGGAGUCCAAAUUGGAGAUUUUUGGUUCCAACCGCUGUGUUUUUGUGAGACGAGGUGUGGGUGAACGGAUAAUCUCUGCCUGUGUAUUUCCCACCAUAAAGCAUGGAGGAGGAGGUGUUAUGGUGUGGGGGGUGCUUUGCUGGUGACACUGUCAGUGAUUUAUUUUUUACAAUUCAAGGCAAACCAGAAUAGCUACCACAGCAUUCUGCAGUGAUACGCCUUCCCAUCUGGUUUGCGCUUAGUGGGACUAUGAUUUGUUUUUCGACAGGACAAUGACCCAACACCUCCAGGCUGUGGAAGGGCUAUUUGACCAAGAAGGAGAGUGAUAGAGUGCUGCAUCAGAUGACCUGGACUCCACAAUCACCUGACCUCAACCCAAUUUGAGAUGGUUUGGGAUGAGUUGUUGUUUAACACUUUUUGGGGUACUACAUGAGUCCAUGUGUGUUAUUUCAUAGUGUUGAUGUCUUCACUAUUAUUCUACAAUAUAGAAAAUAGUCAAAAUAAAGAAAAACCCUGGAAUGAGUAUGUGUCCAAACUUUUGACUGGUACUGUAUAUAGAAGUGACUUUUUUCAUUCAAAAAAGGGAAUUAUGUACUGCCUCUGUAAAGAAAAAACAGAGAUCUAAAUACAUAUGAAAAAGAAAACAAAAUAACUUCAAAAGUAUGAAUCGUUGACAUGUAUUUGUAACCCGUCCAAUCACAGAGCUCUAUUCUGCUCUGUGUAUUUAUUGAGCUGGCUUGUGAUUGGCCGGUGAUCUUACGUAUACUCCUUGUACUUCAUUAUGUGUCUUUUGAAAUAACACAGUUCUCAUUAUUCUUAUUGUUAUCGCUCCUAAUGCCGUUAUUAACUACCCUUAUGCUACACUCGCUGUAUAUGCACAGUACACAUUCAUAUGAGCAGACUGUUUCUCCUUGUAAGGACAAUAAAGUGAGACAGUCGGAGA